UUUCACAUGAAUUUAGCAAUGAAAUUUAUAAAUCAGUUCACUUGGAAUUUAUUGUUGAAUUUAUUUGUCGAUUGGCCCUUACAUCACUACCGGUUAUCGGACUUUUUUUGCAUAGCCUACUUUCGAUUAUUCUGGGUAAUACAAACACAAACGCACGGCACUCAAAUACAUAUACAUGGAAAUUCACAUGGGCACAUGUAUAAGUUGAAAACAAUUUGUUUUGAUUUAUUUUUUACAAAUAUUUUACACCUGUCGGCCGGGCAACACGUCUAUAGGCAUACAGAGAGCGAAAGACAGCGCUUUACUUAAGCCGCAUCUCAAGUACACAGAAUCGCAAACGAAGGCACCACUCACACAUCUAUAGAUCCUUACACACAGACAAACCACCAGAUUAUGGCUGGCAUAAACAAUUACUCCAAUUUGAUAUAUGCCGCCAACCGGGGGCAAUACGACGAACAAGGAGAUCGGGAGAACCAACAUCCACAUAAACAGAGGCCCCCGCCCCUGACAAUUAUCAGCGGCCCCAGCAUGCACAUGGGCAGCAGUCUCGAUGAUCGGGAAAAAUCCAUUGUGGAUAACAUAAAUGCGGAUCAGGAUGCAAUCACAAAGCUGAAAUAUGUCAAUUCGGAUCGAGAUCUGUCGUUGCCAUUGGAGAAGCAUAAGAUGCUCGACAAAUACCUAGAUAGCCAAGAGGAUGAUGUAUCGAUACGCAAAUAUCUUGUAUUUGGUGUUCAAUGGGUAUCACUAGUCACGGAAAAUCUACUCAGUCAUCCAUUUAUUGUGCUACGUCGCCAAUGCCAGGUCUAUAAUGCAUCGCAGCGAUAUCAUUUGCAUCCGAUAUCGCUCCUACCAACCAUUGUGCAUCUGCAUAGACGCCAGGGUGUGACCACUCUGUGGAAAGGUCUGGGUAGCUGUUUAUUAGUCAGAGGAAUGACGUUGGCCGUUGACGAUGUGAUAUCAAAGGUUACCAGUUGGCCAAAAGAUGUAGAUAGUAGAACAAGCUUAAAACGCUUUGGUCAGCAUAUCUUACUUAAAUGCAUUAGCAUUGGACUCGUUGUGCCCUUUUAUGCCGCUUCCCUGGUAGAGACUGUUCAAAGUGAUAUUGCCAGCGAAAAGCCGGGCCUGUUCGAUGUGUUCCGCGAGGGCAGUCUGCGGCUAUUCUAUUGGAGUUCACCGCAAAAGGGACGCAUGCUACCAGCUUGGGCCUUGAUUGGUCCGAGCGUAUCGUUAGGAAUCACCAAAUAUCUGUUCAGUCUGGUCAUUCGCGGCGUCUCAUCGCGCAUUAUGCGACGCCGUCUGACCCUUAUGCAAGAGAGACGCGGGGCCAAAUAUCGCGAUGAUACAUUGGAGCAUCAAAACGCCGAAAUCUAUGCCAAUUUGAUUGCCAUGCUGACCACCGAGGUCAUAUUCUUCCCGUUUGAGACUAUUUUGCAUCGCCUGCAGCUUCAAGGCACGCGAACGAUUAUUGACAAUCUGGACAAUGGUUAUGCAGUGGUUCCCAUACUAACCAACUAUCAAGGUGCUGUCGACUGCUAUCGCACCACCAUCCUAACAGAAGGUUUUGGCGGCCUCUACAAAGGAUUUGGAGCCAUGAUCCUGCAGUUUGCCGCCCAUGUGGCUGUCAUUAAGCUAACCAAGUGGAUUGUUGGCCAAAUCACAGAGGUCAUCUCGAAUCGUCCGCCACCAGGCAUUGUUCAAUACUAUAAUCUGGAUCGUGGUGCUGGUAACUCAAACUCAACGACCAUAUCUCCGAGUAUUUCCAGCACCGAGUUAGAUGUCCACAGUGUGGGGCAGAACUCGCUCGAUUAAUAAGGGGGAAAACAGUUGUUGUUAUUGUUGGUUUUCCUAGAUUCUUUUAUUUUUUUCC